CUCACACACGACACAUACGUGUUAUGUGUGUAUAUAUAUCUACUGGUUUUGCGCUUGUAACACCACGUACUCAUUCAUUUCUCAAUCCCCUCUGCUUCUCCUGUCUGUCUCUCUCUCCUUUUGCUCCCUCACUAGUCUCAACCAUGAUUGUAAUGUCUGAGAAACCUCUUCAGGGAGUUCCUCCACAGAUCACAGACACCACUUUUUCCCCUUCAUCUAAAAGACUGGAAGGCAAAGUUGCUAUAGUAACUGGGGGUGCCAGGGGCAUAGGUGAAGCAACCGUGAGAGUUUUUGUGAAGCAUGGUGCAAAGGUGGUGAUUGCUGAUGUUGAAGAUGCAGCCGGAGGCAUGCUAGCAGAGACACUAUCUCCUUCAGCAACCUAUGUCCACUGUGAUGUCAGCAUUGAAAAAGAGGUUGAAAACUUGAUUAGUUCCACCAUUUCUCGCUAUGGACACCUUGACAUCAUGUUCAACAAUGCUGGGGUGCUAGGGAACCAGUCCAAGAACAAGAGCAUUGUCAACUUUGACCCUGAUGAGUUUGACAAAGUGAUGUGUGUGAAUGUGAAGGGUGUGGCCUUAGGGAUCAAGCAUGCUGCAAGGGUGAUGAUUCCAAGAGGGGUAGGGUGCAUCGUCUCAACUUCUAGUGUUGCUGGGGUCAUGGGGGGGCUUGGACCACAUGCCUACACUGCCUCAAAGCAUGCCAUAGUUGGGAUUACAAAGAACACUGCUUGUGAGUUGGGGAGGUAUGGGAUUAGGGUCAAUUGCAUUUCACCAUUUGGGGUGGCCACUUCCAUGCUUGUGAAUGCAUGGAAGCCUUGUGGUGAUGGUGAUGAUGAGGGCAUUAAUUUCGGGGUGCCCUUCCCAGAGGAGGUGGAGAAGAUUGAGGAGUUUGUUAGAGGGCUUGCCAACUUGAGAGGACCAACUUUGAGGGCUUUGGACAUUGCUCAGGCUGCUCUUUAUCUUGCUAGUGAUGAAUCUAAGUAUGUUAGUGGUCAUAAUCUUGUUGUGGAUGGUGGAGUCACUUCCUCAAGAAAUUGUAUUGGACUGUAAUAACUUUCUUUUUCUUGGUAUUCAUGUUGCCUUAUUUUACUAUGUAGUUGGUAGUAGCUAUCGGUUUAGGAUCAGCUGGCACUUUGUCAAGCUUGUAUAAUGAAUUUAUAUCGAUAAUAAUUCAAUAUUAUAUAUAGUUG